UCAAGCUAGCUAAUUUGUCGUCUUCUCUUCUGUGUCGCCUUCUCUUUCCCUUACAGGAGCUAGCAGUAGCUGAUAAGCUGCAAUUGUAAGGAGCUAGGACCUUACAAUUCUUUCAUUUUCAAAACCCUUAUAUAUAUGUAUGUAACUGCGACUGCUCUCUCUCUCUCUCUCUCAAAAAGGGUUUGUGUUUCCUAAAUGUAGCAAUAGCAAUUCAUCUAAUCAACAAAAACAAUUGUUCGAUCGUGUGCAAGUGCAAGAUCGACCUUGCCAUUAUAUUCUUUCCAUCAGCAUGACGGAACCCUACUCCUGUUUCUUCAACUUCAUUCCUCUUCUUCACCCACGCCUCUUAUCACCACCUCCGCCCGGAGAAGCUCUUUCUCUCCUCAACAACCUCAGUUGCAGCACCGCCAUCGCAGAAGACCCUGAAUCUUCUUCAUGCACUACUGCUGCUGCUGCUGCCAUCGAUGAACUCAGUCAUGAAUCUACUGUAGCCCUUCACAUAGGACUUCCCAAUAGUCACCCUUCUUCUUCUGCGGAUUCUGUUUCGUCUAAGAUCUCAUCAGAAAAUAUUACUCAAGGUGCCAACAACAGCAAGAUGAUGAUGAUGAUGAAUAAGGUUCGGUAUUGGAUCCCUUCUCCCUCUCAGAUUCUCAAUGGUCCUACCCAAUUCUCAUGUCCUGUUUGCUGCAAGGCCUUUAACAGAUACAACAACUUGCAGUUAUCAGUUACCCUCUCGUAUAUUAACCGUGCGCAGAUGCAUAUGUGGGGGCAUGGAUCUCAAUACAGAAAAGGGCCUGAAUCCUUGAGGGGGAUGCAGCCAGCAGGAUUGAUGCUAAGGCUCCCAUGCUUCUGCUGUGCGGAAGGCUGCAAACACAGCAUUGAGCAGCCCACGCCAAGGCCUCUCAAAGAUUUCAGAACUCUUCAGACACACUACAAGAGAAAGCAUGGCGUCAAAGCCUUCAACUGCAGGAAGUGUGGCAAGGCAUUUGCAGUGAAGGGUGACUGGAGGACCCAUGAGAAGAACUGUGGCAAGGUCUGGUACUGCAUUUGUGGUUCGGAUUUCAAGCACAAGAGAUCUCUCAAGGAUCAUGUCAAGGCCUUUGGCAUUGGCCAUGGAGCUUCAUUGGCCGCUUCUGAGUGCCUUGAAGAUGAGGAUGAAGCAGGAGCAUCUGAAACUGAUCGGCAAGAUCAGAAAGGAUAUAUCAUAUAUAUAUAGUUUCCAGUAUUAAUUGCCUGUAAAGUGUUUUAACUUGUCUACAUUAAAUAUAUAAUAUAUAAGUGGAGUCUGAUUCUACUGUUUCAUGAUUCAGCUUGUGGGUGGAAAUUCAUUGAGGCCAUCUUUGGU